AAGCGAUGUCCACCUUUUCAUUGUUCUCGUGGAGCCAAGCCCUGCAGGAACACGACAAUCUUGAUUAAACUUGACCAAUAAUUAUAGUGUUAGUAAACCAUUACGAUCAAUCAUGGAAAAUAAAAUUUCCAAUAUCAAGACACGAUUCGACGACGAUAUUCAGACACGUGGUCACGAUAAUCCAGGGUUUCAAAUGGAAAUUAAGUCAGGCCAGAUGGAACAUGGAAAUAAUCUCUGGAAAAGUGGAAUGAUGGCAGCCGUGAAAAUUCAACAUGCCUCAAAAAGUUAUGGGAGUGGACCACAAGUGCUGAAUAAUUUAAGCAUGACGAUAGAAAAGGGGACGAUUUAUUCCCUCCUGGGUUCAUCCGGAUGUGGGAAGACGACCCUAUUAUCAUGCAUCGUCGGAAUUCGAAAUCUAAAUUCCGGGGAGAUUUUAGUCUUCGGCAGAAAACCGGGUUCUCGUGGAAGUGGAAUACCUGGAAAAAGAGUAGGCUACAUGCCCCAAGACCUCGCUUUAUAUAACGGCUUUUCAAUUGAUGAGUCCAUGAGAUAUUUUGCUGCCCUUUACAACAUGAGUGGAACAGAGUUGAAGGAAAGUAGGGAAUUUCUCAUACAAUUUUUGGACUUGCCUGGAGCCGAGAGACGGAUUGGAACUUUGAGUGGCGGCCAAAAAAGAAGAGUUUCUCUCGCUCUUGCCUUGAUCCAUUCCCCUGAGCUUUUAAUUUUGGACGAGCCUACCGUUGGGGUUGACCCUUUACUGCGGGAAAACAUUUGGAACCAUCUCGUCCAACUCGUUGCAAAAAAGCACAGCACAAUCAUUGUCAGCACUCACUACUCAGAGGAGGCACGUGCGUCAAGCAAGAUCGGACUAAUGCGUGGCGGUCGACUCAUUACGGAGUCAAGUCCGAACGAAUUACUGCAAAAGUAUGAAACCAUCUCGCUGGAAGAAAUUGUUUUGAAACUGUGUCGAAACGACGACAUGAAUAUGGAUGAAGAGAAUUGCCGGCCUAGGAAAAACUCUACUGGUGGGUUUCUGAAAUCGCUGAGAAAAAUGUCUCAUCGUGCCCCCUCCUCACUGGAAGACUCGCCGUACGAGGGUACCACAUCAUUUCAGAGGAUUAAAGCCCUCAUCGAGAAGAACUACAUGGUCAUGACGAGAAAUUUGAUGCUCCUCGUGUUCAUGAUGUUCACCCCGGCGUUGCAAGUCUUCGUUAUGUGUCUUGCGAUAGGAAAUGAUCCCAAGCCCAUGUGGAUGGGAGUGGUGAACCAUGAAAUGAAUUAUACGCCCUGCUCCACCACGUGGUUGAAGGAUCGUGGUUCCAUUGAAGGCUGUGACGUGGAAAAUUUAAGUUGUAAAUUCUUAACGGAAAUACCAACCGAUACAAUUUACUUGAGGGACUAUGCAAGCAACGAAUUAGCAAGGGAUGCCGUUAGAGCCGGAAAAAUCUGGGGAUUUCUAUCCUUUCCUGAAAACUUCUCGGAUAACGUGUACGAACGUGCUGCGGGAGCGAAUACGAUUGAGAAUGAGACCUUGCAAGGAUCCUAUGUCAAUGCUGAGAUGGAUUACUCGAAUAAACAGAUUUCAUCUGCCAUUAAGAAGGAACUUUACGACGCGUUCGAAAUAUUUCUGAAAGGGAUGCUAAUUAACUGCGGAUUUUACAAGGAGUUGGCAGAAUCUCCGAUUCGGUACUUGGAUGGCAUUUAUGGAACUGAUGAUACCGAUUUUAAAGAAUUUAUCGGCCCAGGCAUACUUUUAUGCAUGAUCUAUUUCUUUCCACUUUGCUCGAGCGCCAUUGCCUACAUUUGGGAUAAGAAGCAGGGAACCUUGGAAAGAAGCAUGGUUGCUGGAGUGCAAAGUUGGGAAAUCAUGACUUCAUUUCUUGUCACGGAAGGAAUCGUGCUCGUGAUUCAGUGUUUCUUUUCCUUCUUCAUGAUAAUCUACAUUUUCGAGAUCGAAAUUUUGGGAUCCUUAACUCUAUCCGUGUUGAUCACAUUUAUGAUGGGGCUUGGCGGAGUUAGCAUGGGAUUUUUAAUCGCUUCUUUCUGUGACGAAGAGGUUGAGGCCGUUAUGCUCUCCAUAGCUACAUUUUUUCCCAACAUGAUUCUCUCCGGAAUAAUGUGGCCCAUUGAAGGAAUGCCUCUUUCCAUGCAAUAUAUUACAUAUUUGCUCCCAAGCAGAUUGGCUUCUGAAUCAAUCCGUUCCAUCGUAACGAGAGGAUGGGAGUUUACCCACAUUGGGGUGUGGCCAGGAUUUUUGACUACUUCUGGAUGGAUCACGUUCUACUGGAUACUAACUUUGCUAAUUCAUAAGUUUAGAUUUUCGCAGAGGUAAAUGCAUGCAUGUUAUGAAAUAGAUAAUAUAAAUAUGUAUGUACUACACAUUUCUGCCAAGUACUGAUAAAUUCAAAAACAAUAAAUCAUUUUAUCAAUUAACCCAUGUAAGUUAUAAAAAAUUUCUAAAAUGUUAUUAAAAUUUCAAAUAUAUUA